AUGUCCAGACUAACGCGCAGAAACGCGGCGCACUUCGCCAUAUUCUACCUCCUCACUACCUCCGCCUUGGCACAAAUAGCCCGCGCACAUGACGGCUCGAUAAUGGAGGUCCGACAAUUGCACAAGCGAGCCACUUCGGCCGGAUGCUUCUCGUCAUCAACACCUCUUACCAGCAAGGGCUCAUACCAAUAUCAGUCGUCCGGAUACUGCGGUCAACAAUGCAAGAGCCAGGCAGUCUUCGCCAUGACUGGCGGCGACACGUGUCUGUGCGGUGACGAGUUACCCGCCGCGAGCGACAAGGUGGACGACUCAAAGUGCAGCACCUCCUGCACAGGCUACCCAUCAGACAAAUGUACGUCUCGUGUCGUCUUCGUAUGUUCAACGGGGUACAGGUAACUGAUAAGACGGACAGGCGGUGGUGACGGCUUCUACAGCGUAUAUUUGACAGGCACGGAAAGCGAUGUGCCAAACUACAGCGCAUCCUCAAGUUCAAGCUCAAGCUCAAGCGACUCACCCACCACAGCCACAACAGCUUCUUCAACCAAAACCACCAAAGCCCCUACCUCAACACUCGCUCUCAUCACCAGCGAAGUAGCACAAGGCUCGACCGUAGUCAUCACGGCAUACCAACCAGUAUCGACAUUACCCGAUGCUAGCGCGAGUGCGAAGAGCAGUGGAGGUGGAGGUACCAGCACCGCCGGUGUUGCUGCUGGCGUCGUUGUUGGUGUCGUGGCACUGGCAGGCAUUGUCACCGGUCUAUUCUUCUUCCUCCGACACAAAAAGAGGCAACAGGCAGAGGAGGACUUCAAGCAGCGGAAUACAGUCGCUGACUUCAUGCGCGGCGCCAACGAGCGGAAACCACCGGGCACGGGCUACAGUGGCAUGAGCGAUCAGCGACUCGACCCUGAAGCAGGUGCUCGGAGAAACAGCGUCGGAAGCCUGGCAGACAACCAGGACUAUUCAAGGAGGAUACUACGGGUAUGUUGACUGACGCUCGGUCGGCUGAGGAUCUACUGACAUGUUUGGAAGGUGGCGAAUCCCGACUCAAGUUAG